AUGGCGCCGUCCGCAGCGCAAUUGCGCUCAAUCUACCGCUCUCUCCUUCGCGAGCUGCCCCCUCGACCGAUACUCCGCUCCCCUCGGACACCGCUGCACACACGCCUGCGCGAAACCAUUUCCACAUCAUCAACCACCACACCCUCGGCAGCCGCAUCAGAGGCCGAGGCGGCGCGAGGCGUCCAAUUGGCGCACUACCUUCGCUCACAACGCAAGUAUGUGACGCUGCUGGAGCGUUACAACCCGGGCAUGGGGAUGGACGAGGAGGAGAGGAUCAGGUUGACGGCGCGAAGGGUGGGAAUGGACCUGCCAGUCGAAUAUGGGCUGGGGAGGAACAAGGCGUGA